GGGGAGAACAGCCCCGCCGGCGCUCGCGCCCUUUGCGUCCACUCAAAACUACCUUUACUGACAAUUUUAGAAAGAUGCAGCUAGUAUCAGUUAUAAGAGUCGUGUGCAGCAUUUUAUUUUUGCAUUUAUGUUUGCAUUUUCAUGCCAUCACACUCCAUACUGUAGAAAAGCGCAGAAUGAGAGCGACCGUUCCCAUCCUAGAGCAACGCCCAGGCUAGACGCGCUUCGGAUGAACUCCAGGACCCACCUGGUACCAGUCUGUACCUAUUUCUAUAUGUUCUUAUGGAGCGACCUUCAAAGGAAACUUUGAAGGGGGAAGAUGGCCCUGGGUUCUUGAACAGAAAAUGUCAUUUUCUCUAAGUGCGAGUUCUUCCUGGACUGCUCUCCAUUUGGCCUGUGCCAAUGGCCAUCGAGAAGUGGUAACUCUCCUCGUAGAGAGAAAAUGCCUGCUUAACCUCUGUGACAGUGAAAACAGGACAGCCCUGAUGAAGGCAGUACAAUGCCAGCAAGAGGAGUGUGCAGCCAUUCUGCUGGAGCAUGGCGCUGAUCCAGACCUCGUGGACAUGGACGGCAACACUGCUCUGCACUACGCUGUGCGGGGUCAGAAUGCAGCCAUCGUAGCCAAGCUGCUGGCACACAACGCAGACGUUGAAGCCAGAAACAAGGAUAACCUCACACCACUUUUACUUGCUUUAAGUGAAAACAAACAGCAAAUGGUAGAAUUGUUGGGAAGGAAGGAAGGAAAUAGACAUGCUGUAGAUAACAUUAUAAGCAAUCAUCAACUAAUUUCUCAAUAUGAAGAAGAAAAGAGACUUCAUUCUUCUCCAGCAAUUAGCAAUCCAGUGGACGAGAGUUCUGAAGAAGAUUCUUUAAGCAGGCUUUCCAGCAAACCUGGCAUUGAUGAUUCAUGGCCUACAUCAGACGAUGAAGACUUACAUUUUGAAACCAAGACUGUCCCGAAACUGAACUUUGCCAAGCUAAUGUCUGCUUCUCAGCAAUGCGGGAAAAACAUACAAGCCAAAUGUGCCAUCAUGAGACCAGAAAGUAGAUCCUUAUUUGAGGAUAACAAUUCUGAGAGUGAAAAUGAAGAUGUAGUUGAAACCCUUUCUAAGCCAUCAAUCAAAGUCCAGGACUUUUCUCAUCCUGCCUUUCCAUCACCUGAGCCUCUCAAGUCUUUAGCAAUCCUGGAUCAUACAAAAGAAGAAGCAACAAAGCCAGCAGUUGGAAAUGAAGAAAAGGGUAAUGAUAUUAUUGAUAUUGCUCCACAAGAGCACAUAAAUAAUUACAAUUUGGCUUAUGUUGAUGGAGCACACAAAAAUAAUAGAAGUGAUAUGAUGUCAGAAUUAGGAUUAGGAGAAGAGGAAGAUACAGAAUCACCUUGGGAUUCCGAGAGUAUUUCUGAGAGUCUUCCACAGAAAUAUGUUGAUCAUUUAUCUGGAGCUGCAGACCAAAGAGGAAAAAAUAUGUUAACUGGAAAAGUAGAUGAUGUAUUUUAUAUACCUUCUUGCAUGAGCGGAUCAACAAACUUGAAGAUGUCUGAAGUAGAGGAUACAAGAAAUGUAGGCAUUCCAGUAGCCCAGCUGGAUUCUCCUGAAAAAUACCAUCACUUGAAGCCUACCAUUGAAGUGAAAGAUGCUAUUCCUAAAAAUGCAGUAGGAGUGAAAGAUGUGCAAACAUUUCAAUCAGAUUUGUCAGAAGAACCAGACUUAGAAAUGACAUCAGAGGAAGGUCAAGAAAGGCUUGAUGGAAGUGAAAAUGACCACCCACUGGUUGAAGAAGAAAACAAGAUGCACAAAAAUAGUGAAAUGGAAUUAUCAGAGAAUAUUUGUGAUGCUGCUAUUGAUAACCGUGGAUUAAUUCAACAAACAAAGAAUGGGAAAACUGAUAACCAGCACUUUCCUAUUAUGGAGAAUGAAGAUUCUGAUAGUAGUAAUCCUGGCUUGCCUAUGAAAGAAGUAAAGAAAAAUGAAAAUAGCAAAUGGACAGUCAAAGCAUCUGUGACUACAUCCAUGUUUGAGAAGGCUGGUUCCCUAACUGGUGGUGCGCUUCAAGUGAAUGAUGACAGCAGCUUAAGUGAAGUAGAUCAGAAUGAUGGAAGGCUUAUAAAGAAAACAUCUAAAGAAAAGAACAAGGUCAAGAAGCAAAUUAAUUCUGUGGAUAACCUGGAGGACUUAACUCAGUCAUCUGAAACAGCUUCAGAAGAUAGUAAAUUACCUUACUCUAAUUAUAAGAAUUCUAUGUUGCUAAUUGAACAACUUAGCAUGGAUUGUAAAGAUUCUGUGAGCUUAUUGAAAAUCCAGGAUGCACUUCUUUCAUAUGAAAGAUUAAUAGAACUUAAAAAAAAUCACUGUCAAUUGCUUUCGGGAAAAAUUAAAAAAAUGAAAAAUAAGGUUAGUGGCCUACAAAAGGAGCUCUCAGAAACCAAAGAAAUAAAAUCCCAGUUAGAGCAUCAAAAAGUGGAAUGGAAACGGGAACUCUGCAGUUUGAGAUUUACCUUGAAACAAGAAGAAGUGAAAAGAAGAAAUUCAGAUACAUUAUGUGAAAAAAUUAGGGAGCAGUUAAAAAAAACAGAAGAGCAAUAUCAUAAAGAAGUUGAAGUGAAACAACAGCUUGAACUUAAUCUUCGAACACUAGACAUGGAAUUAAGGACACUAAGAAAUAAUUUGAAUCAGGUUGUAGAAGAGCGAAAUGACACUCAGAGGCAGCUCUCUCGAGAACAGAAUGCCAGAAUAUCUCAAGAUGGAAUUCUGACCAAUCUCCUUUGCAAACAAAAGGAGAUAGAAAUGGCUCAUAAGAAAACAAAUUCUGAGGUUUCUGAUAUCUAUGAAAAAGAAAAAGAUCUGGUGCAUAAAAACCACAUGUUACAGGAUGAAAUUGCAAUGCUAAAACUGGCAAUAGAUACAAUAAGAAAUCAGAACCAGGAAAAAGAAAAUAAAUAUUUUGAGGACAUUGAAAUUAUAAAAGGAAAGAAUGAUGAUCUUCUCAAAACACUAAAAUUAAAUGAGGAAACAUUAACAAAAACAAUAUCCCAAUAUAGUGGACAGCUUAAUGUUCUGAAGACUGAGAAUUCAGUGCUAAACUCUAAAUUGGAGAGUGAAAAACAAAACAAAGACAGACUAGAAACAGAAAUUGAAUCCUUCCGUUGUAGACUGGCUUCUGCUAUACACGAUCAUGACCAAAGUCAGACAUCCAAGAGAGACCUAGAACUUACUUUCCAGAGGGCAAGAGAUGAGUGGCUUCGUUUACAGGACAAAAUGAAUUUUGAUGUGUCUAACCUAAAAGAUAACAAUGAGAUUCUUUCUCAGCAACUUUCGAAAGUCGAAAGUAAACUCAAUAACCUCGAAAUUGAACUCCAUCACGCAAGAGAUGCUCUCAGAGAAAAGACUUUGGUUUUAGAAAGGGCACAAAGAGACCUAAACCAAACACAGAGUCAGAAGAAGGAAAUUGAACAGAUGUAUCAAAAUGAACAAGGUAAAGUGAAUAAAUACAUUGGAAAGCAGGAAUCCUUAGAGGAGAGAUUAUCUCAGCUACAAAGUGAAAAUACAUUGCUUCGGCAGCAACUGGAUGAUGCUCACAACAGAACUGAAAAUAAAGAAAAGAUGAUAAUGAAUAUCCAAGAUCAGUUUCAGGAUGUGGUAAAAAGACUUCAAGCUGAAAGUGAAAAACAAGGUCUUAUGCUGGAAGAAAGGAAUAAGGAGUUAAUCAAUGAAUGCAAUCAUUUAAAAGAAAGGAUGUAUCAGUAUGAAAAUGAGAAAGCUGCAAGAGAAGUAGGUGUGAGACAACUUCAACAAGAACUGGCUGAUACCCUAAAAAAGCAAUCCAUGUCAGAGGCUUCGCUGGAGGUUACUUCACGCCAUCGUAUUAAUUUAGAGGAGGAGAUACAGGAUUUAAAGAAGAAAUUAAGUCAAAUCAGAAGUCAAUUGCAAGAGGCACAGGAUGGUCAUACAGAGGCCGUAAGAUGUGCUGAGAAGACGCAAGAUUACGUGCAAAAGCUUGAAACAGAAAAUGUGAAGUUUAAAGGUACAAUCAAAAAACAAGCAUGCAAAAUUGAACAGCUUCAAAAAACUCUGCUAAGUACAAAUACGCCUGAGGAUGAAAAAGAACAAUUAAAGAAGUAUAUGGAAUUAAAGCAAUCUCUGGAACAUAGUUUGGAUCAAGAAAUGAAGAAAAACAGUGAACUGGAAAAAGAGAUUACUGGAUUUAAGAAACUCCUAAAAAUGUCAAAAAGGAAGUUAAAUGAAUAUGAAAAUGGGGAGUUUAGUUUCCAUGGAGAUUUGAAAACCAAUCAAACUGAAAUGGAUAGUCAGAUUAAUACGCUAAAAAAUAAGAUUGAUGAUCUUACUGCAAAACUAGAAACUGCAUCUUCAAACUAUCUACAUGUGGAUGCAAAAAAUCAAGUUCUUCAACAGGAGUUAUCAUCUAUGAAAGCAAUGCAAAAGAAAUGUGAAAAACUAGAGAGGAACAAAAAGAAGUUGGAACAACAAGUAGUGAACCUCAAAAGUCAUAUGGAAAUGAAUAUGGUAGAACACUAUCAAGUGGAACAGUAUAAACGAGAGAUUGAAGAAAGAGCAAGGCAGGAUAUAGUGGAAAAAUUAAAAGAAGUUAAUCUAUUUAUACAGGCACAAGCAGCAUCUCAAGAAAACUUAGAACAGUUAAGGGAGAAUCAUAAUGCUUCAAUAAGAAGUCAGAUGGACCUCAGAAUUAAAGAUCUGGAAUCUGAACUCUCCAAAAUGAAAAUCUCUCAAGAAGAUUCUAAUAAAAUAGAAUUGGAAAAAUACAAGCAACUCUACCUAGAAGAAUUAAAGGUCAGAAAAUCAUUAGCAAAUCAACUAAACAGGACUAAUGAGAGGUUAGCAGAGAUCAGUACUAAACUUUUUGUGGAGAAACAGCAGAACAAAUCUUUACUCAGCUCUCUUACUGUGAGACCAGGCCUGGAUCCACAUUGUGUGGGAGAUCUUAGUAAUAGUUUAGUGCUCAAUAAACAUCUUAGUCCAAGAGAAAACUUAGUGAUUUCUCUUUCUACCUCAAACCAGCGGCCUUCAAGUAACAGCAUGGAGACUUUCUUGACCAAGAUGCAGCAGGAGUUGGAAAAAAAUAUAACUAGAGAACUAGAAGAAGAUUUAAUGAUUUAUACAAGAACCAUGGUACAGACCAGAUGCACAGAAGGAUGAGAGGAUUUACCAGAGACAGAGUGGAGAGCAGAACAGGCAGACUACCAAAACACACUGCUGAGGGGAGCAGUGGGUGAGACAGGAGAGGUCUGCUUCACCAUGUGGGAUUCUCCCCAUCAGGCCAGGAUCGAACCGGCGCUGCUGACGACACGGAUAGCUUCACAGUGUGGUGCUCAACUGCCCACACCACCAGGGAGUCCCCUUCAGUGGUUAAUUCUUGAAAUUUUAAAAAAUUAUUGAUAGCAACUUCAGUUCAUCCAAAUAUACCAUUAAGAAAUUGCAUACAAAAGUCCCAGGAUGGAGAAUAAGUAAUAAUAAAUCAAACCUUUACAUAGCAAUGCAUAUAGGAAGUACAAUAAACAUAACAUCCCAGUGAUAGUAUAUAUAAUAUAGAAAAUUCUUGAAUUCCAGGAAUAAACACUAAUGAUAAGAGGAAAAAAAUAGAAAAAAAAAACCUGGAAAGUUUUACCUUACUCCCAAUUUUUUUUCUUAAAGGUACAUGGUUAUUUUAAUUUUCCUUCAAACGUGUGUGUGUGUAUAUGUGUGUAUUCAUUUACCAAUCUUUUAUAGUACAAUCAGAUUUUUCUAGGA